GCCCCAGCUAUGACUCCUGGGGCUCCCUCUUCCAGCCCCAGUCCUAUCCUGGCUGCGCUACUCUUCUCCUCUUUGGUGCUCUCCCCAGCCCAGGCCAUUGUGGUUUACACGGACAAGGAGGUCCACGGUGCUGUGGGCUCCCAGGUGACCCUGCACUGCUCCUUCUGGUCCAGUGAGUGGGUCUCAGAUGACAUCUCCUUCACCUGGCGCUACCAGCCAGAAGGAGGCCGCGAUGCCAUCUCGAUCUUCCACUAUGCCAAGGGACAACCCUACAUCGAUGAGGUGGGGACCUUCAAAGAGCGCAUUCAGUGGGUAGGGGACCCUCUCUGGAAGGAUGGCUCCAUUGUCAUACACAACCUGGACUAUAGUGACAACGGCACUUUCACCUGUGACGUCAAAAACCCACCAGACAUAGUGGGCAAGACCUCUCAGGUCACGCUCUAUGUCUUUGAAAAAGUGCCUACUAGGUACGGGGUGGUGCUGGGAGCCGUGAUCGGCGGUGUUUUGGGGGGUGUUCUAUUGCUGCUGCUGCUUUUCUACUUGAUUCGGUACUGCUGGCUACGCAGGCAGGCGGCCCUGCAGAGGAGACUCAGUGCCAUGGAGAAGGGGAAAUUGCACAAGUCUGUGAAGGACUCGUCGAAGCGCGGCCGGCAGACGCCAGUGCUGUAUGCCAUGCUGGACCACAGCAGAAGCACCAAAGCUGCCAGUGAGAAGAAGACUAAAGGGUUGGGGGAGUCUCGCAAGGAUAAGAAAUAGCGGUUAGCGGGCCGGGCGGGGGGUAAGGGGUCAGGGGCGGAGGCUUCCAAAGGCUCUCAGAUGGUGGUCAUAGAGAUGGAGCUACGAAAGGAUGAGCAGAGCUCAGAGCUCCGGCCUGCUGUCAAGUCCCCCAGCAGAACCAGCCUCAAGAACGCCCUCAAGAACAUGAUGGGCCUGGACUCAGAAAAGUGAUCACCCCCCCCCACCAAGGCCCUGCCAGAAAAGGGGGACCUAGGCUCCUCUAUCCCCCGUCUAGGUGCUUUCCUCCUUAGCUCCCCAGCCCUGCCCUGCCCUCACUUCCCUUUGAGAUGUAAGUUUCAUUCCAAAAUUCAUUCCCCAGGCACUUCAUAUUCUCCCCCACCUUCACCCCUUGUCUUUCUGGAAGCCCAGGGCUCCAUCCUACGCUUCACCUGCCCCAAGGACUGUGUGUUUGGUGCCCGUUCCUCUGGCGCUGAGAAGAAAGGGACCUUGAUACCCCCUGCCUCAACUCCAGGCCACCUGAUAUUCCCAUCCCCUGCACCACCUAGCCUGUCCCUCUGACUCUCUUCUCUCUGACCCUCCCUCCCCU